UUUCCAGCCAACAUUGAAGAUUUUCGUUUGUUCCAUAAGGUUUUGAUGUUCGGAUUUAAUAGCAGAAGGAUAAGAAUUGAAGCGUCAUAGCGAAUGGAAUCUCCAACUGUAAAUAAAUAUACGGGAUGUACUAUUUGUUAAAUAAAUUGCCUACAUGAUGGAUUCAAGGCGUAGAACAUUUUUCUGAAUUUAGCCAUGUUUUGUUAGAAAAACAAGAAAGAAGUUGCGAGGUUGCGACUGCGACUGUAUCGAAAAUUUUCUGAUUUAGGCCAAAAAAAUGUUCAAAAUUUGCUGUAAACCAGUAGUAAAACGUCAUAGAAAUCACAGCGAUCCAUUGAAUGAAAUAUCGAAAAAGUGUUUGUUUCUAUCUCACCUCACCCAUGUGGUUGUAUUUUCUUUGGUAACACGAUGUUGACUUUUAUUAGCCCAUUUGAAGAAUAAGUUGAUGUUGAUGUAAUGAUGUGUUUCUUCCUAAGAAAUGCUCAUAAUUUCUGACCGCAUAAUCGACAAGAAAAGUGGUCACUUAUUACCACCCGUGAAUCAAGACAAAUUGCGCGGAACGAGCUGCAAUGUUUGAAAAUCAGGAGGUUGUAAACACGCCCGAGAUUGAAGCUCGCAUCAAGAAACUCGAAAAUGAGUUGAAGUCGUCCAAGGAAGAAAUCAUACAAUGCGAAAAGGAUAAAAAAAACUUGGUUUCAGUAAUUGAAAAACUACAGGAAAAAUUCAUGAACAAUCAGCUCGAUAGUAUGAUCAGUAAGCUCGAGUCGAAUGUGUUAUUAUUCGAUAAAGCAGUUGAAACCGCCAAACGAAAUGUGUGUAAAGAUAAAUCAACUAAUUUAAGCAUCGCUAACGGAAAAAUAGUUGAUGAUCGACAACGUAUAGAAAGUGCACCUAAUUCCGUUACUGAUUUGCUUACCAAAGUUUCAGAAGCUCUCCAUAAUAUUCGUAACGAUGACCUAUCCAGUUCGAGUAGCGAUGAUGAAAAUAAUACUGACUCUGAACAGUCUGAUGAUGACAACGAACCCGAUUUGCGUAGUGGUGACGUAUUAGAAAAAGUCACUGUUUCUUUAAAUCGUUUACAAAACUGGGUCGAUCAAAUGCGCAACUCCGCUGACAAAGAUAAAAGUGAUCCGUCCAUAAAAAAUAAUUCAAAAUGCGAUGAAGUUUUCACGAUAAGUGAUGAAGAAGAUUCCGUUCAAUUUGAUUUUCAGAGUGUUGCGCAUCCCAAGGCCUCAGCGUCAGCUGUCAUCGAACUAACCGAUUCAGAGGAUUGUUUACUCCUGAGUGAAACCUCAGACAACGAAAGUUCUGAGAAAACUGACCAACCGCAAAGAAACGACUUUUCAGGUCUCUUUAAAAAAACAACUCAUGUUGAGAAAGAUUUGCCAGUUCAACCGGACGUGAAAAUUGAUGCAUCUUGUGGUGAAAACUCAAACAAUGUCUGCUCAAAAACUAACCAACAGCAACAAAAAUUUUCAGAUGUUUUGCAAAAACCGACUACUCGUGAAUCUGAUGGUUUGCCUGCAGAGAUAGGUAAGGAAAGCGAGUUACUUCCUAGCGAUGGUGUUAAGAAAGAAGUGCUUUCAACAACUAGUCAAAAAGGAACACCGUUCAGUGUGUUAUUGAAACCAGUUCUCUCUGAAUCCGGCGACGUACCAAGCUUGGCAGGUGAGAAUGAUUCACCUCAGAAUGAUAAUUCAAACAAAGUAUCUUUUUCGAAAACUAAUCAAAAUUCAAAGAAGCCAGCUGAUUCGAAAUCGGAUACUUUGCCAAUUCCAGUAGAUGAAGAAGAUAUUCUGCUCCAAACUGAUGAUGACUCGGACGAAAUCAUUUUUUCGGAAGUUAAUCCCAAAAAAAUGGCAUCUUACCGUAAUUCACAAAAUCGAGUUUUCAUCAGACCUGAUUUGUCGUUGACUCCUGCAGAUAAGGAGGAUAAUUUACUUCAAAAUUGCCAUUCAAACGACGCUACUUACCAGAAAGUGAAUCGCGAUAAAAUCUCAAUUUCGGAAGAUGAGGAAGAUUUUCUACUCCGAAGCGAUGAUUCGAACAAUGCUGUUUAUCCGAAAAUUAAUCCUGAGAGGAAGUCUUUUCUUAAUACAUCGCAAAAUCUAGCUACCGUCAAAUCUGAUGUUUCGUUCACUCCAGUACAUAAGGAGGAUAAUUCACUCAAGAAUAAUCUCUCUAACGAAUCUACCUACCAAAAGUCGAAUCACGAUAAAAUCUCAUUCUCCGGCAUUUUUCAAAAAACUGCCGGAGUUGAAUUUGGCGACUCGUCGACUCGAAUGAGUACAAAUGCAGAAUUAUCGCUCGAUAAAUCGAUCAAGGCUGAAUGUUCCAAGAUCAAGAAAGAAGUUGAAGUUCGCGCUAAAUUUGACGAUUCGUCAACGCAAAUAGGUGCGGAAGUUAAUUUGUCUCAAAGUGGUAAGAGUCGGAAAAAAAUCGUUUCCGUUGAAGGUUCUCAAAUAUCACCGGUGGUUGACUAUUCAUCCGAUUCAUCGACCCAAUCUUGCGAAAUAGUUGAAUUAUUCAAGCAAAAGGAUCUUCCAAGAAAUUCGACCAGUUCAAAAUUUAACAAUCGAGGAGAAUCUUCGUCGCAUGUUUUAAAACGAAAAGACUCGUGUGAAUCCGAUUCUCUGUCUACUCCACCAAUCCCACGCGAUGAUUUACUCGGAAGUGAUGAUUCAAAUGAAGCCGAAGAUUCAAAAAUGAUCGAACAAUCAGAGAGUUUCUUGAGAUUAUUGAAAAGGCAAAUGCCUGAUGUAGAGCAAGACGCGAAGUACGAAAUGGAUGCCAGAAAACGAUUUAAAUACGAACUUUACGCUUCUUACUCUUCGCGAUCAUCAUCGUUACGUUCCUCUCCUUCGUUAAAUUCAUUUGAAGAGAUGAGAAGAAGGAAUAGAUUACCAGUUUGGCCGUGUCCGGUUUGCGAAGAAUGUUUCGGAGACCCUUUUAAUUUGAGUAGACAUUUAAACAACAGACAUUUUGGAGAAGAAGGAGUUUGCAGUUGUUCCAUUUGUGGAUUCGUUACCCCAUCAGUGAACUCGCACAAAAGACAUGUAAAUAAAUAUCACGGAAAUGCGUUUCUCGUGGAUAACCGUGUACAGUUUUUGAAUGAAGAACAUGCUUAUGCCACCAAAAGGGACAGCGCACAAUUGUACCAUUGAACCGGGAAAAAAAGACUGUUACUGAUGAACAACGAAAAAUGUAUAGAAAAUUGAAGAAAUCGUUGUUCUUCAAAAAUUUCGUUCCUUUUUUUGAUUUUUAAGAGUUUUUUGUUUAUUUUUUAUUAUAUAUUUCACCGAUCGAUUUUUUAAAAAUCGAAUUGGCUGUUGUACGUUUGGAUAUACAUAAUAUUUAUAAAUUCUCAGGUAUUCAAACGUGUCUAGUUUAUAAGUGUAAUUUUGUGGGCCCCAUAAUAAUUCUUCCAAAGAUGAUUUUUUUUCCUGAGAUCCUUUUCUUGUCGAAUUUGUACAACUGCUUUCGAAACUGAAACCGAAAACAUAAAUAAGAGUUCUUAUUGAUAGUAAGAAAUGUUUUUGAAAAAAUAAUGAUAUUCUUACCUAUUCGCGAUUGUUGUAAAUUUGAUCUCAAAUCAAAGAAUAAAUUUUGUUAGCGUUCAUUACCACACUUCACAUUAUUCAUGAUUAGUAGCAGGUUUUCUUGCCGAUCGCAAUAAUCCGGAAUUUUUUUCAUUCUGCAAAACAUUGGGUGAAUUUUUUAAUUUUUCCUUGUUAAUGUACCAUUUUUAUUUUUAUACAUCUUAAUCGGUUACACUGGUUAAACAUUGAUGGAAUAUCAUACUGUAACAUUAUUAUUUUUAUUUCACAAAUUUUAAAUUUCAAAAUUUUGAUUUUUCUAUUACCGUAGAAUGGGACUAUUCGAAAUUUGUGUUUUUUGAUGUACUUGUGCAUGUACCUAGUCCUACGUUACACAGUACAGUUCCUCUAAUGACGCAAAUGGUUCCGGAAUCGUAUUGUUGAUGAAAAUUUUUCAUACCUAUUUAUAACAUGUUUUUGAAAAAUUUCCGGUGUGUCUGGGUAAUGAUUUUUAAAGCACAAAAACGUCAUUUCGAUUGAAAAAAGCGACGAGUGGAAAAUGGAAAUUUUAAAAUCCUAAUAACCCCUUCAUUUUGCUGAAAUACUAAACGAAUUGAAAAUAUUUUUGCAGAAAAUUAGUUUUUCAUUGAACGCCUUACUUUGCUUUUCCAUUUGUUUACUCGCAUUGACUCAAAAAUAUUAAAUCACCGAAAACAAAAUUUAGAAUCACCUCAGUAGCUCCAUUCUACCGUAUCUACCAAUGUUUUGAUUGUCAAGUCUUAAAAUUUUUUCUACUGUUUUAGUAAAUAUUACUUUAAUUACGAAUCUUGGAUGUUUUAAUGAAUGAUUAUGUAAUAUUUUUAUCGAAGUUUUAUUUUAUUUAUAAUGAGUGUGUCGAUUACGUGAUUACCAGUGUAUUUUCAGUAAUUGAAUUUUCGUUGAAGUAGAUAGUUGGCUUCCAACUUUUAAUUUUGUAGUUAUUUUUUAACAAUUAAUAAUGCUAAUUUGAACGUCUUCUGCGUGUUUUUAAAUUAUGUAAUACGUUUUUAUUGAUAAGAUAAGUCUACAUCGUGCGUUGUUUUUAGAAAUUAUUAGUUUUCACGUGUUGAUGUGCUAGGUCAGGUGUAAUGGUACCUACCUACCUAACUCUUGUCUAUCCUGUGCUUGCUUACGUUUUUGAUCUUUCAAUUCUAUUGUUUCGUUGUAAAAACUAGACAUAUCAUAUGAAAAUAUAAUACGUCAAUUUCUACGAUCAUUCAAUAAUCAACGAAAUUAAUGUAUCAAUCCUUUAGGUAUCCUAGCACCUAUGCUAACAUGUUUUUCCUGUUGAAAAUAAAAUUGAAGAACAAGAGCGAGUCCAACAUUGAUCAAUUAUUUGGUAGAUAUCAGUAUUAUUUUCGUAGGAAGGUAUAAUGAAUGUAAAAAAAAUUACUUCUGUACCUUUAUAAAUUAUGUUGGGCGUCAGCUUCUCUUAAUUGAUCAUAAGUACACAUUUCCUAUUAACUUUAUUUCUUAAAAAGCUAUGUAUAGUUCGUAUGUUUCAUAUGCAUCACAAUCAAUAAAACGUUUUUUUCAUUGUUUCAUUACAA